GCGAGAGAGAAUUUACAGUUAGCAUGGAUGGAGAAGAGUAAUUCUGUUGAUUAUUGAUGGUGCUUCCUUACAACAAAAGAAACAAAAUGAAGCAACAAACUUCGAUGAGAACCGGAGGUGUGGCUGAAUUGCAUAAGACCUGGACACUAAUUAUGGUGGCGAAUAUGGUAUUUCUCAGGGCUCAGACUGCUCCGUGUAAUUCGAGCCUCGUGACGGGGCCACUUGGUGUAGAAGACCACGCCCUCACUGGACUAUUACCUUAUGGUGGCGACCCACGAACUCAUCCACAGCAUGCUAGGAUUCUUGAUCCAAUAGUGGCUUACUACGCUUAUUUAGGAUCCUACCUUCAGGUACGACUAAGAAAAUCAUCUAUGAUCACAGGGUUUGUAACACAGGGAAGAAGUGGAAAUUAUCAGUUUAUAACUGAAUACAGCGUCCAGUAUAGCGACAAUGGUAUCACGUGGCAAGAUAUCAAGGACAGUACCGGAAACGUGAAGCUAUUUACCGGAAAUAUUGACGAUUGGAAUCUGGCCAAGUCGAUCCUUGAUACCUCAAUCGUCGCUACAUACAUCCGGGUAACCCCUACAACUUGGACCAAUUAUCGGGCUUUUCGUCUUGAAAUCCUAGGAUGUCCCAUUCUCCAGUCUGGACUACACCAGACGUGUUGGAGUGUAAACUACGUCGCAUGGAUCUCCAUUCAUGGUAUAUUCAGCACAAUAAGGACCAACAUGGGCGAGUGUGGAAAGGAGUGUCACGUACGUGAAGCAUGUCAGGCUUUCAUCUUUAACCAUGAAUCUGGUCAAUGUCAAGGUUAUUCUCCUUCGUCUGUUGAGAAUGCAACAGAAGUUGCAACGACUGAUGUACACAACAUGGUUCGAGUGUUUAUGAAGCGGACAGAUUGUGUUUAAGGCCCAGUUCUGCUAGUGUCUUACAUUUUAUCAUUGUUUUUAGUAAAACAUAUGGAAUAUUUGAUCGGUGGUGAAUAAUAGUAUGUUCAUGAAGCUGGGUUCGGAAAGGUUUGCUUCUAGGAAGGAACGCUACAUAUAAACCACAAUUGAUAUGUUGCCAGUGAUUCACUUGGACAAUUAGUUUCUACGACUUUCCCUAGCUCUUGGACUCAACAAUCUUUGAAUAAAACCUCUGCUUCAAGACUUAAGGCAAAAAGGUAUUUUCUAAUAAUUAAUACCUUUAAUA